AUGUCCCCAGUACUCUUCGCAUUCGGCUCCAACGGUUCAGGCCAACUGGGCAUUGGGCACGUGGAGGACGUCUCCACGCCGGAGAGAUGCAUUUUUAAAGAUGACUUCUCCUGUCAAAGCUUGGAUUCUGGGCCACCGAAGAAGAAAAUUAGCGAUAAUGUCUCUCGGAUAGUAGCGGGUGGAAAUCACACCCUUGUCCUUUUAGACGAUGGGCGGGUCUACAUUGCGGGAGGCAGAGAAUCUGUAUUCAAGCGGGUUUUUGUCAGCGACCCAGAAACAGGGACCGAGUAUGGGCUCUUUAAGAGUGUGGCCGCGACGUGGGAAGCGAGUGUCUUGGUUGUCUCUACUGCCAAAGAAAGUCAGGACAGUCGUGGUGACGCGGUCUUUGUCCUUGGAUCUGGGUCCAAGGGGGAACUUGGACUCGGUGCUGAGGUGACAGAGGCUCAGACUACUGGAGCCAGGGUCCCUAAGUUUCCGCCACGGAAUGUGGAAGUUCUGUCGGUUGCAGGCGGAAUGGGGCACACCGUUGCUGUUUGUUCUGAUGGAUCAGUGUAUGGAUGGGGCGCUGCAAGGAAGGGACAGCUCGGCGCUCAAUUAAUCAGUGAGAAGAUUGUAUGGGAGCCGAGACAGAUUGAUCUGGAAGGUAUAAGCGUAAAUUUUGCUGUCUCUGACGCCGUCUGUGGACGAGAGUUUACAGUCUUAUGCGGUGAUAAGGAUAAGGGGGAGUUUGCUGUUCUCGGACCUGGCUCUGGAUCUCCGGGAGAGAAGGAUAAGUGGAGCAUCCAAACAGGGAUCCCGGCGCUCGAAAGUGUUAAGGGGUAUUUGCGUAUACAUGCUAGCUGGCAUGGUGUCUAUGUACAUCAAAAAGACCAGUCUAUCUGUGCCUGGGGACGCAAUGACCGCGGUUCGGCUCGAUAUCUCGCAAAAGCGGACCCAGGCUCUCAGGAUUGCCCUGCUGCUGUUAGAAGAACACUGCUAAUGAAGGCGAAAGAUGGAUCAUACUGGAUCAGCAGUUGCAUCCCAGCCGAGCAUAUCCUCCGCCUCGGCCUCCUCGUCCUCAGCGACAUCCCACUGCCUAUCAUCAUCCGUCGGUACAAAAAGACUAUCAAAUUUGGUGGACGGCGCCUGUUGCGUCGCAACUGUAGCCUGUGUAUCUUGUUGCGUGCCUCGCGUGGAUGUCCCUUCGUACGCGAGCUGCAGAGGUCGGCAUGGACGGGUGUAUCGCGCGGUUAUCAGGACUCUGGCCGUCUCGGCGCUGAUGGCGAUGUGGACGCCGUCGUCGGCAAGAUAUCCAACUGCUCCGCCGAAGGACUGAAAUGCACGGCUAUCUCUUUUAGGAAGGCCGGCUCAACGGUCCAUUCAUUAGUAGAUUGUGACCGGUCAAAGAUGGCAUGUUGGACUGUCGUUGACUCUCACGUCUGGAUCUUCACGAACCUCAAACUCGCAGCGUUCAACUGCAGUAUCUUUAUCUCGUCGAUUUGUCCUCCCGGCGAAGACGGAUAG